UGCGGGCCUGGCCACCGUGACGGAAAGAGGUGCGUCACUGCUGCUCACAAAAACUCCAGUGUAAUCGUCUCUUUAAUACGUGUACUGCCAAAGCGAGCACGAAAGAUAUUGCUAAACAGUAUCUUCAAGCGAGAAAUAUCGAUCCAUACGCAACCACUGUACGUUAGUAAGCAUAUGGGGCGGCUGAGAUAUAGAUGUAUGGAUAUUAAGUUUGUUGAAGUGAAGUGAAUAGCAGGAAAGAAUAGUAGAUUGCAAAGGUGAUAUCACAGGUAAAUUAAUGAGCCAAACUGAACAAUCAAGACACAGGCAGAAAAGCAUCAGGUGAAGAGGCAAUAUUAUUCUACUCUCGCCAAAUAUUGCGAAAGAGGAGGCGCCACGCUCCGCCGCCAUCACCCCCACACCUGCCGCCACCAUUGCCGCCGCCGCCGUAGUCUCCACCUCGCCUCAUCUCGGGGUCAGGGUGGAUGUGACCUCUCCCCGCCCAGCAUGAGCCGCCCCCCGAGAAGUGUGACCCCUAGGCUCGGCGUGCGGGGCCCCCCGGCCAGCCUGAGGCCCCAGGCCGCGCACUGACGCCCUCCUGUAUCGGGGGCAAGGCGUGGGUGGCGCGGGUGGCGCGGCGCGAGGCCCUGACCAUCGGGCGACUUGCUGAGGCUGCGCGGGGCGGCCAUGAGACGCUAGGGCUGGCCGGGGGGAGGAGAGCAGCCCGGGGCAGCCAUGCACACGCCGGCGAUGGCCUUGGCUGCGGGGACCCGCCCGUCCACCCACCCGCGAGCGACUGGCCAUCACGCCCUGGUCCUCGGCGGGGCGUGACGUGCCGGCGCCGCCGCCGCAGCAGCAUGAGCCUCGCGUGGGUGGUGUGGGCCGCGGUGGCCAGCGCCGGGGUGAGCGGCGGCCACCCUGACCAGGUGCUGAGCCGCACCGUCAACACCAAAUACGGCCAGGUGCAGGGCUUUAUCCGCCACCACGCCAAGCACCCGCUGCCGCCCGUCGACGUGUUCCUCGGCGUGCCCUACGCCUCCCCGCCGCUCGGGGACGGCCGCUUCACCCCCACCAGCAGCCCGCUGCCCUGGGACAAUGUGCGCCGCUGCACCGAGCGGCCACCAGCCUGCCCGCAGCCCCUGCCGCCCCCGCCCUACGAGGACGACAACGAGAUCCCUGCCCGUGCCGCCCAGCUGGCCUCCCUCAGGCGGCUUCUGGAGCGACAGAGCGAGGACUGCCUCUACCUCAACAUCUACAGCCCCCACGACGGCGGUGGGCUCUAUCCUGUCAUGGUGUACAUUCACGGCGAGGACUUCAUGAAGGGCUCCGGCAACUUGUACGACGGGAGCGUCUUGGCGGCGUACGGACAGGUGACGGUGGUGACAAUGAACUACCGCCUGGGGCCCCUCGGUUUCCUCAACACAAGCCCCAACGCCAGCGGACCCGGAGUCGUGGGCAACCAAGGACUCAUGGACCAGCUGGCCGCCCUCACAUGGGUCAACGAGAACAUUGCCUUUUUCGGCGGCGACCCACAAAGAGUCACCAUCUUCGGCCACGCCUCCGGUGCCGCGUGUAUCAACUACCUAAUUGUGUCCCCCGUGGUGGUGCCAAAUCUUUUCCAGCGGGCGAUUCUCAUGUCCGGGUCGGCGCUGAGUCCCUGGGCGGAGGUACAAGAUGCGCUCUCGGUCACGGCACGUCUUGCUAAGCUCCUCAACUGCUCUCUGCCCUCGAGCCUCAGCGACAGGCACCCGGAGACCAUCAUCUGCCUGAGGAACGUCUCGGCGGACCGGCUGGCCACGCUAAGCCUCCCGCAGUACAAGUUCACGUCGCUCUUCGGGCCGAGUGUCGACAAUGUGGUUGUGACGCAGGACUUCAAGACUCGGAUGAAGAGGGUGCUGGAGAAGAGAGGGUUGAGCGUCAUGUUCGGAGUCACGGAGGCUGAUGGCUUCCCUCAACUGAACAAAGAGCAGGUGAGGGAUGGACUGGACGUGUCGGCGCGGAACAGGCUGCUGCGGACUUACGUGAGGAAUGUGUACCACCACCACCUGCAGGAGAUCUACCUGGCCAUCACGAAGGAGUACACGGACUGGGGCAACCCUUCGCAGCAUCCCUACGUGGUGAGGAACUUGGUGGUGGAGGCCAUUAGCGACGGCUCGUACCUGGCGCCCCUCAUGCAGUUCGGGGAGAUGGUGAGCAGCCAGGCGCCCACCUACAUGUACGUGUUCAGCGAUGGCAACCACCACCACGAUAAGGACAAGAAGUCAUUCGGGAGUGUGUUUGGAUCCGAGGUUCCACUAGUGUUCGGAGCUCCGUUCAUGGACGAUCCGAAACACUGGCCCGAUAAUUUUUCGAACCCCGAUGCCCACGUCUCCGAGCUGCUCAUGAGGUACUGGACCAACUUCGCCAAGACCGGGAACCCGAACCUCCCCGUGGACACGAAGCCGAUGUUUUCGUACAAGGACCGCGGCACCAGACAGAAGAACGUCACUUGGGAGCAGUACGAGACCAUGUACGAGCGAUUCCUUGAUAUCAGCGGUAACCGUCUGCGCCUCAGGGACCACUACAGGGCUCACAAGGUUGCCCUCUGGAACUGGCUGAUUCCCGAGCUGGAGGAGGCCGGUGCUAAGUACCCCGACGCGAACUCCGAGGCGUGGCACUCCUCCGAGGACCCCAAGCACUUCAUCGGCCCAGUCAGACCUCUCGACCCCUUCAGAUUCCUGCACACCACCACCGCCUCCAUCACCUCCGAGCCCCCCGCCCUGCCCACGCCCAGCGACGAGUACCUCCCACCCAAUGUCAGCGCCGCCCACGGGGGUGAUCACAGACCAGUGAACAGAACCUCGGAGGCGGUGACGGGGUCGCCUGGCGGGCAGUUCCUUGACUACACCACGGCGCUCACCCUCACCGUGGCUAUCGGACUCUCCUUGCUGGUGCUCAACGCCAUCCUGUUCGCGGCGCUCAUCUACAAGAGGGACAGGAAUUCCCUGGGGCCCAAGAUGAAGUACGACAGCGCGUCCGCCCAGCCGCUGUGCACCGUGGACAGCGGAAUGCGCUCUGUGUCCGCCCACGAGGUGCUCUCCUCACCAGUGAAGGAGGGGAAGCAGGCGUGCGGGGUGGACCUGCAAUGCACGGAGAUCCACACCUUCCCCACGCCGCCCGACAUCGGGGACCGCAACACGGAGGUCACGUUCCACACCAGCAACUCCAUGCACUCCAUCCUCUCGCAGCCCACCAGCCAGUUCAUCCCGCCGCCGCCGCUCCUCGCCACCACGCCGCCCACCCCGCCCGUCUCCGGCCAACUCAGCGACGGGCUUGACGGCGGGGCAUGCUCCGGAGGGCGGUGUUACCCCGACGCCCCCAACGGACAGUACCCGGACAUCAACCCGCCGGGGCAGUUCCCUCCUGACGUGGGCCAAUAUCCUUCAGACAUUACCAGCAGUCACUUCCCUGAGCAGUAUCGAAGCAACGGAGGCGGCGGAGGGGGAGGCGGCGGCGGUGGAGGCGGGGGUAGUCAGUGCGGGGAACCGAACAUGUAUCCCACCACGUCAGCGUCGCAGUGCACGCAAUACUGCCACCACUACCCGCCCAGCGUCAGCCAAUACUCGUCCUCCACUGACCAGUACUCAAUAUCGGGAAGCCAAUUCUCCAGUCCGGGGGCGCCGUGCUCCACGUCAACGUGUCAGUUUACAGAGUCCGGAGUGUCGUAUCUCCCCAAGCCGGCGUAUAGUGACGAUGGGGGCCAGCCGGAGGGGGUGGUGGGGGGCGAAGGGGGUCAGCCGCGGGGGGCCAGCCGGAGCGCCACGCUACAAAGGGGCUCAUCAAACAGGAAGCCCCAGCCGCCCCCCCGAGGCUCCACGCUCCCCGCCUACGCCACGCUCCCCCGCCAAAGCUCCAAAGAGUCUCUGUCGCACAUCAAUGCCUGAACCACCGCCGCCACCACCACCACAAUGCUCGGUAGCCGCCACUCCGCCACCACCACACCGGCAGCACCACCACACCACCACCACUUGUACCACUACUAAAGACACUACGAAGAGCCAGACACUUUAUCUUUACGCUGAAAACGAUAGAAAACAGUGAACGGUUUCUCACGCCACGCCCCAGAAAACGAUGAAUGAUUUCCUCUUUCCCACACUAGAGACUGAUGAACGAUUUCUUCCUCUACAACAGAAAACGGUAAACUGUUCUCCGCUCUCCUCAACAGAAAACGGUGAACGGUUUUUAGGUCACUCACAGGCCGCCAAGAAGACUAAAAACCACCGAUUUUCUUGUUUUUUGUUCAUAAUCAAAUGAAAAGAAAACUGUCUGCGGUGGUGGUGUGUGUUUGUACGUGUUUGUGUGCGUGGAUGUGUGUAUGUGUGCGUUUGCCGAAGCUCCAUGUACGUAUACAGGCGUGGUGACGUAGGUGGUGAAGGCCUCUCUCUGUGUGUGUGCAUGUCUGUGUGCGUGCGUGUAGAUUUUUUGUAACGUGUGAAGGUGAUUUAGACAAGACACGUGCACACGACAGGUAACUAACUGGCUCAUCUGUGAAGGAACAUUAAUGGGUUUCACACCUUUUCUUAUAUAAUUAGUAAAGAUGUGUGUGUGUGUGUGUGUGUGUGUGUGUGUGUGUGUGUGUGUGUGUGUGUGUGUGUGUGUGUGUGUGUGUGUGUGUGUGUGUGUGUGUGUGUGUGUGUGUGUGUGUGUGUGUUACUGUGUCACUCGAGAAUGCCAAAUAAGUAUCAUCACUCUUAGACGCGACUCACCUUUAUGUAUUUCUCUCUUGGUGUCAGAAUUGGUCAGGUGAGGAAAUAGGAGGAGGAGGAGGGGAGGAGCAGGGGAGGGAGAGGACAGCAUCCCUUCUAAUUAACACUCCAGCACACCUUGCCA